CCUUUGGGGCUCCCCUGACUUCCGACUGCGGAGGAGGCUGUCCCUGUAACUGCCCUUCCGGCAUGGCGACAGUUCCACAGGCCAGGGACAGCGGUCGUGCAGACGCCGCGCCCUCGUGGCUGCAGCGCUCUGUUACCGCCGCUCGCCUGCUCCUGUCUCUGGGACCCGCAGUUCCCAGCCUGGAGUCGGGUGUCCCGGGUGGCAUGAGGACACUGGGUGCAGAGCAGGUGCUGAUCAGCGCCGCCUGCCCAUCCUGACAGGCCAACCCUGGACCGCCAAAGCGAGGGGCCUCCCGAGGCUACGUGCGGCUCCCUCGCGCCCACUCCUGCUCCAGCGGUCUCUCCGCCGAGCGGAAAGCCGCGGUGACAUGCUGCGGUGCUCACACUCCCGCGGGACCGAAGCCUGACUGAUGUCGCAGGGACACUGGGUUCCCUAGUUGCUGCCCCAGGCUUAAUGAUUGUCCAGAAGGCAGCUAUAAAGAGCCUGGGUGGAGGAGGGAGCAGAAAAACACAGCUCAGCAGAUCUGGGCACCAAGAGAGCUAGCGGCAAGCAGGAGCAGUCAAGAGGCUGUGCUCAGAAGCACCGUGACCUGGCCUGCUGGGCCCGCUUCUUCUACCAUGGCGGCCCAAGGCUAUGGCUAUUAUCGCGCUGUCAUCUUCGCAGCCAUGUUUGGGGGCUACAGCCUGUACUACUUUAACCGCAAAACCUUCUCCUUCGUCAUGCCAUCCUUGGUGGUAGAGAUUGCUCUGGACAAGGAUGAUUUGGGGCUCAUCACCAGCAGCCAGUCGGCAGCCUAUGCCAUCAGCAAGUUUGUGAGUGGGGUACUGUCUGAUCAGAUGAGCGCUCGCUGGCUCUUCUCCUCUGGGCUGCUCCUGGUCGGUCUGGUCAACGUAGUCUUCUCUUGGAGCUCCACAGUACCAGUCUUUGCUGCUCUCUGGUUUCUUAAUGGCCUGGCACAGGGGCUGGGCUGGCCCCCCUGUGGGAAGAUCCUGAGGAAGUGGUUUGAGCCAUCCCAGUUUGGCACUUGGUGGGCUGUGUUGUCAACCAGCAUGAACCUGGCUGGAGGUUUGGGACCUAUCUUGGCCACGAUUCUUGCCCAGAGCUACAGCUGGCGCAGCACCCUGGCCCUGUCUGGGGCACUGUGCGUGGCUGUCUCCUUCCUCUGCCUGCUGCUCAUCCACAAUGAACCUGCUGAUGUUGGACUCCGAAAUCUGGACCCUACCCCCUCCAAGGGCAAAAAGGGUUCAUCCAAGGAGGACAGCACCCUACAGGACCUGCUGCUGUCCCCCUAUCUCUGGGUGCUCUCCACUGGCUACCUUGUAGUCUUUGGAGUAAAGACCUGUUGUACAGACUGGGGCCAGUUCUUCCUUAUCCAGGAGAGAGGCCAGUCCGCCCUUGUGGGUAGUUCCUACAUGAGUGCCCUGGAGGUUGGAGGCCUCGUGGGCAGCAUUGCAGCUGGCUAUCUGUCAGACCGGGCCAUGGCAAAGGCAGGGCUGUCUAUGUAUGGGAACCCUCGUCAUGGCCUGUUGCUGUUCAUGAUGGCUGGCAUGGCAGCAUCCAUGUUCCUCUUCCGGGUAACAGUGACCAGUGACUCACCCAAGAUCUGGAUCCUGGUGUUGGGAGCUGUGUUUGGUUUCUCUUCUUACGGUCCCAUUGCCUUGUUUGGAGUCAUAGCCAAUGAGAGUGCACCUCCCAACUUGUGUGGCACCUCUCAUGCCAUUGUGGGACUCAUGGCAAAUGUGGGCGGAUUUCUGGCUGGGUUACCCUUCAGCACCAUCGCCAAGCACUAUAGCUGGAGCACAGCCUUCUGGGUGGCAGAAGUGAUUUGUAUAGCCAGCACAGUUGUCUUCUUCUUGCUUCGAAAUAUCCGCACCAAGAUGGGCCGAGUACCCAAGAAGGCAGAGUAAAGAGAGUAUUCACGAUGGAACAUCCCCAACCUCAGCCUCCUUGGCAGGGCAUAGAAAGGGAGAAGCUGCACUGGUUGGCAUAGAACCUUUCUGUGUCUACACUGUCUCCUUGACCUCCCUGGUGCUGCAAGUUAUCAGUGGCUAAUAAGAUCGCAACUCCCCACCCUAUGCUCUAUUUAAAUGAUGUUUUGUUUUUAGACUCCACCAGCUUCUCUUUCUACCUUUAGCAGACAGACAACUCCUGCAUUCAGGGUGUCUCCUCUGUCCUUCCUUUCCUAGGUUCUGUCCUGUCCCCAUCUCCUAGUGAGAUGAACCUGUCUCUGCAGCCGCAGAACAUUAAUGCCUGUGCUUUCUGUUGUACCCCAAGGCUUCUUGGCAGGGGGCAAAGUUAUUGACAAUACCUCAGUCCCCAAGGGAAAAAAGGAAGCCACCAUCCUCACCAAUACCCUGGGACAGAAUGGAGGAAUAUAGCAGGCAAGCCGACUUGUUACAGAUUAAUAAAACUAGAUUUGAUACUAAA